UGCUGGUCAAUCAUUUGAAAAAACAUACAGGUUUUGUAAUUCCAUCUUCACUUUCCCCGUGAGCGCUAUCAGCCUAUCUAUCAAGUCGUACGAGCUGCUGCUAGUUCCUGCCAAAUUAGACCCAUCCGCAGGCUGCAAGUUUCUAACAGGACUAUAUCCGAGGGACGUUCUUCAUCCGAAGUGAUGGCAACAAUGGCAUUACAGUCCCAGAUGGCCCAACCGAUGGCGCCUCUUUCCGAUCUCACUCGACACGACUCUCUCGCUUCUCGCGGUCGAAAAAUGACUCCGAGCGGCGGAAAUCGAUCCUGGUCUGAAGAAGAGGAAAACUACCUUCUGCAGACAAGAGCUCAGAAAAUGCCUUAUAAGCAUAUUGCCGCUCAUCUCAAGAAAACAGAACUUGCAUGUCGCCUGCAUUACCACCAGCUGUCCCAUGGCAGCCAUAGGAGAAAAAGAACCUCGUCUUUAUCCUCUUCCAGCUCGGCCGGUUCCGUCAGACAUUCCCCAACCCAAUAUCACCUCAACGGUGACAUUCACGAGGACUUCCGCCAUGGAACACUGCACAGCCAGGCGCACUUCUACUCGUCACUAAGCCCACUAGGUUCGUACCCUGUGGGUGGUGCGUUGGGAUCUCGAACGCAGCAUAAGGUCCUGUUACCGAAACCGCGGCCUUUGACUCCAGAAGAGUCUCCUAACCGCCUUGGUGGGUUGCGAAUUAGCACUCACGAGAGCCCAAAUGGAUCCUCGGUUGACACUGAUCGUUUGCGACAAAUCUAUGACUCGCGUAGAGGCUCUUUCUGGUCGUCGAUCGCACAAGAAUAUGGUACGGAUAUCUCGCCGAGCCACCUCGAGGAGGUUUGGCGCCACCAGCCCAACGGUCAGCCUCCCACUCCAGACGAUAGCCCGAAUGGUCGACCCGCCAUGCAUCCCAUGCUCCAAUCUUCGCCGUUCCCAUCCUUUGCACCAACUCUCCAUUCGUCAGUCAAGGACUUCGCACCGAUGAGCUUGCCAUCCAAUGCUCCGUCACACGACAGAUACUCGUAUGGCAUUCAUGCGGCAGACGGUGGAUACGGAGGAGCAUCUACCAUGGGAUUGGGCCGGGCGAACUCGUGGUCGGGCGGUGUUCACCAGCCUGCAACCGCCAUCACCUCAUUACUGACCGAGGACAAGUGCCCGAGACAUGGAUCUGAUACAAGAUACUGCGUUGGAGGCAGAUGUGUUUAAAUUUCCCACUUUCUUCUUCUAGCAGGAUUCUUUUUUCCUUCGUAUCACACCACCUUGUAUUAUGUGGCAUGGCUGGGGUCUUCUUGUCUGUCGUUUCUUGGUCUUGAUACCAACGGGGUCAAUUUGUCGGAUAUGGCAUCAAAUGGGUGUUCUGUGGCGUUUCUCCAAAUAGCUUGGGCAGAACCUAUGCGGAUAUGUUCGCCAUCGAGAGUGGAUAUAGAGGUUACGACGUACGACUUGAUGUAUCGCGUAUGUGCUCCACAUACUCUACUUGUUGUACAAAU